AUGGCCAAUCAGCUUGUCCGAGCCAUCAGGCAACAGGAAGUGUGGCUCUGACACAGUUGCUGUGUGUUCAUGUUGUGGCUCGGAGGAGGAAGUGACUUGACAAUGUGUGAGAGUCUCGGAUCACAGGCAGCUGGUCUCUCGUUCCUCAGCUCUGUCAGUUCCUGAAGAUUGGCUUCUGUGGUAUCUUUCUGCCUACAAUCUUAUGUUCAGCUUCAGCCUGAUACCAUGGUAAUGGACUCUGGUGAAUAUCCAUGGCGCUCUCGGUGAAGCAAAAGCGUUUGUUACAUCCACUUCCAGAAACUCGUAUGAAAAUGUGUCGGAAUAUUAUAAAUAUGAGUGCUGUGCCGAUUUCCUGGCCCGUCCCAAUGAGGGCUAUCGGAGCUCAGAAUCUUCUGACCAUGCCCGGAGGUGUUGCCAUUUCUGGGUAUCUACACAAAAAGGGGGGAAGCCAGUUCAGCCUGAUGAAAUGGCCUCUUCGCUACAUUGUAAUUCACAAAGGCUGCGUCUACUAUUUCAAGACCAGCACGUCUGCCACACCACAGGGAGCGUUCUCCCUCAACGGCUACAACAGGGUCAUGCGAGCAACGGAGGAGACCACGUCCAGCAACGUUUUCCCCUUUAAGAUCGUGCACUUCAGUAAAAGGCACCGCACGUGGUAUUUUUCAGCAGCCAGUGAGGAUGAGAGAAGGAAAUGGAUGCGGUAUUUGAGGAAAGAGAUCAGCCAUUAUAAUGACAGGAAAGAUUCGCUUGACCCAAGUGACUCUGAUUCUGACGAAAGUUUCUAUGGCCCUAUUGAGAGCCCUUUGGAGAUCACCAAUACCCCAGAUGACCAUGAAGGAGACUAUGUGGAACAAAAUGACGAAAGUGAUGAUGACGACUAUCUUUUGCCUGAUGGGCCUCCAGGUCAGCCCAAGGUACCGCCUCCAUCUUACCCUCCUCCACCUGUGCCCUACCAUCCCAAAGGUCCUCCACCACCAGUACCCCAUCCACCCAUUAAAACACCACCAUACCCCAUCCAGAAGAAACCAACCAUUCCUGUUCCACUCCCACCCAAACCCUCUGACAGUGUAAAUAAAGGCCCUCCUCCUUUGCACUCAGCCCCUCCUCCUUUGCACUCAGCCCCUCCUCCACUACAGAAACCAGUCAUUAAUAGAAUGACAGUUGUGCCAGCUCCUCCUCCCGUGUGCCAGAAAAAGUCUGUAGGUGGGGGUGUGCCCUUAGCCACUCUCCCAGGAUAUGACCGGAAGCUUUCUCCUGCCAUGGUUAUUAAAAACCCAUCCACGCUCCAUAUCUGUGAAGACCUGGAAAACAAACUGGUUCUGAACUCUCAUAACAGAUCUGGUUCACACAACCAGAAAAAUUCACCUGGUGAGAGAAAACCUACACCACUGGUCUGCAAACCUCCACCCAAGUGUCCACCACCACUGAUGAAGCCCAAAGUCAGUCUGAUAUCUUUACAAAGAUCGUCACCUGAUGGCCAAAGUUUUCGGUCUUCCGUGGAAGAGAAGCCCUUGAAAAACAGUGUCAUAUCAAACUACGAUGAAGACUCUGACGAUAAUGACUAUGAAAAUGUACAGUUGCCUGACUCUGUCUUUGUUGACACAACUGAGACCAGUGCUGUUGAAAAGUUAUUUAAAGAGACAAGUGGAACUCCACUGGAUGGCCUUUACUGCAUCCGAAACUCAGGAACAAAGACCUCAAAGGUGCUUGUUGUGUGGGAUGUGAGUCUGAACAAGGCGAGAAACUACCGGCUGUUUGAGGAGGAUGAAAUCGUGUACCUGGAGGCAAGCUUGACCUUCCCUUCUAUAGCAGCUCUGGUGGAGUUCUACUACACCCACCCCUUGCCCAACCACGGCUCUCUGUGCUUACAGCAGCCCUUUGGCUACACACCACCGAGGUGACACCCUCCUCCAUUGCCAUCAUGGACUGAUAUCUUCAUAUCCUCAUAUCCUCGUACCUAUAGCCUCGUGGCUCCAGCUCUGUUCCCCCUGCUGGCUAUAGCAGCUCACUACAGCUGAUCAUGUACAUCAGCCAUAAGGACAAGUGAGGCUUGCCAGUGAGAUCGCAAAUAUGGACACAUGAACAUGGGUGCAUCUGAACUGCCAUCGGACUAAACGGAUUUAGCAGUCGUGGAGCUUUAUCUCAGCUGAAAUUGAUACCAAUCAUACUCAGCUGUACUUGUUUCAGAAAUGCUGGUGGUUAUGGAACUAUUCAUAUUUUGCACAGAAACAAUGCACAUCUACUCAUAUGUGAGUCUAAAAUGAAACCAAAUGAUUGUUCUACAGAUAUCAGUGUGGUGAGGUGUCGUGUAGUGCAAAAUGCAGUAGCUUCUCCUGCCUCUAGUUUUGGUUUUGAAAGCUCUCAUCUGAGUAUAGAGAUCAGUGAAGGAAAACACAUUGUGUGGAUGGUGUAACCACUGAUUUGGGGCAUAUUUUUCAGGUUAAAACGACUACGUUUCUUGAUGUAAGAAUGUACUGUAAAUAUAUAAAUGAGGUUUUUAUAUGUCAGCAGUAUAAAAUUGCAGCAGUGCGCAACUGAGUAGUGUUGCGUAAUACACAGUGUGCCUAUAUUUCUGUGUGAAUACUGUAAGCAUGAUCAUUUCUGUACAAUUUGAUAUUUUUACACACGUACUUUUAUUACUAGUCGAAACUGCACAUAUGUAAAUUAAACAACUCUUUUUUACCAUUAUUAAAUUAUAUUUUCUACCUGAUGAGUGUAUGAGUGCUGUUAGAAAAAAAGAAAGAAUUGUUAUACUGUUUGAACACAAAUGCAAUGAUCAAAUAUCUGUUUAUCUUGGCAUAAUACUAAUGCAAAUAUAUUAUUUUACAUACAUUUAAAUGAAAUCCAAUGUCAGUGCUUUCA